AUGAUUCUGACGUGGCGACAUGUUACCAAAGCCCUUUUAAUUGUUGUCAGCGUACAUCAAGUUUGGUCGCGAAAGAGCAUUGCGACAGGCGAUCCUAAAGACUGGAAAGUGAUAGAAGCACUAGCAGAAGAGUAUCCCUUCGUGGUAGGUUUGUUGAGCGGCACUAAAGACUAUAUUUGCACGGGCAGCAUCAUCAGCAAGCGGUCUAUACUAACAUCGGGUAGCUGCGUUUCAUAUGAUCCCAAGUAUGUCCUGCUAAACACAGCCAUGUACAAUAAAAGAAUUAAUACAACGUCCAUAUUUGAGGUAGCGUACACGAAGCUCCACACAGACUACAUAUACGACUUGAAAACGUCUGAUCCUAAUGUCACCCGCAUGCACAGUAACAUAGGCUUGGUGUUUGUGCUGCCACCAAUACUGGAACUUUUUGUUAUUGCUGCCGAUGUUGGGAAUUAUUACGCUUCCGAGUUGAAAGAGAAAAAGCUAAUUGCUGUUGGGUAUGGUAGACUUGGCGCGUCUGAUACGAUAGCACUACAGCAUCAAGCGUAUCAUCAGACCCCCUGCACGAACCCUAAGUGGUACUAUUGCGUCUGCGGUAUCGAGUACUCAACGUACACGAGGACCUACACGUAUGAGUUCGGCAUAGGCGCCCCAGUGAUGCUCGGCAGCGAGCUUGUUGGCAUCACCGCUACACCCUGUGGGACCCUAUCAAUGAAAAACUUGGGCAUUAAAUAUAACAUAUUUACUGUCAUCGGGCCGUACUUGCCGUGGAUAGAUAAAUCCGAACGUCAACCAAAUGUACUUGUUCAAAUGCAAACCAUUAGUGGCAGUGGCCAGAGCGCAAGUUCAUUACUACUUCUUUGUAUAUUGAUGAUGCUUAGUAAAACGCUUUCAUGA